UGGGGGGAGGGUGGAGGGGGGGGGGGUGGGGGUGGAAUUCAAUGGCUUGUCAUUCCGCUCAAUGAAUGAUUUUCAACAAGAAGACUCACUUUGAAGUUCAACGCGUGAGACGCAAGAGUGCUUUUGAACAAGAAAAAGAACAUUUUUUGUGUGUGCGUGUGGUCAAGACUAUGUUGAUGAAGGAGUACCGCAUCUGCAUGCCUCUCACCGUGGAGGAGUACCGGAUCGGCCAGCUGUACAUGAUCAGCAAGCAUAGCAAUGAACAGAGUGAACGUGGCGAGGGGGUGGAGGUGGUGCAGAAUGAGCCCUACGAGGACCCUGAGCACGGAUCGGGCCAGUUCACCGAGAAACGGAUCUACCUCAACAACAAGCUGCCAAGUUGGGCCAGAGCAGUGGUGCCCAAGAUCUUCUACGUGACAGAGAAAGCUUGGAACUAUUACCCGUACACCAUCACCGAGUACACGUGUUCCUUCCUGCCCAAGUUCUCCAUCCACAUCGAGACCAAAUACGAGGACAACAAAGGGAGCAACGAUAACAUAUUUUGCAGCGAGCCCAGAGAUGAGCCAACCGAGGUGUGUUUUGUGGACAUCGCCUACGAUGAGGUCCCCGAACGCCACUGCAAGGAUUCCGAGGAUUUGCGCUAUUUCAAGUCCAAGAAGACCGAGCGCGGCGUCCUGCAGGAAGACUGGAUCGACACGCAGGAUCCCAUCAUGUGCUCCUACAAGCUGGUCAGCGUCAAAUUUGAAGUGUGGGGCCUGCAAACACGCGUGGAGCAAUUUGUACAUAAGGUAAUACGAGAUGUUCUCCUGUUGGGACACAAGCAGGCCUUUGCCUGGGUGGAUGAGUGGAUCGACAUGAGCAUGGAGGAGGUCCGCGAGUACGAGCGAGCCACCCAGGAAGCCACCAACCUGAAGAUCGGCACCUUCCCGCCGGCCAUCGCCAUCACCGAGACGCCCCUGUCCUCUAGCGCUCGCAGCGGGCCCAACAGCGCCCCGUCCACCCCUCUGUCCACCGAGGCCCCCGAGUUCCUGACCGUGCCCAAGGACCGCCCCCGCAAAAAGUCGGCCCCGGAGACCCUAACCCUGCCCGACCUGCAGGGCCGGCGGGAUUCCAUUUUCAAACUUCCCAGCUUCUUCUCGUGGAACUCCAGCCCUCAGCCCGAAUGAGAAUGACGCCCCCCCCCCCGCGCGCCGCGGCACAUCCCGUGAUAUCCCCUCGGCCAGCUGAAGGAGAUUUUCAGCGUCAUGGUGGUCUGACCUGCCAGCAUGCAGAAAAGCAGCCUGGCAGGAUUUCCUGGAGGUUCGGAGACAUAAAAGCCAGAAGCACCAGUGAGCACUCUUGGCCCGAUUAAGUGUAGCAUACAUUCCUUAAAAUUAUUAUUAUUUUUUUUUUUAAAAAGCCCACAGAUGCUAACUCAGGUUGUGGAUGCUCACAUAUUGUGAUGGAGUCACAUGAUGCGCAUAUGGUGUACACUUGCUUUGCUUCAUGAGCUGGCGUCGUGCUGACACGUCUGUGACAGUAUUACUUGACUACUACUGACUUUGUUUUAAAAAAAAAAAAAAAAAAAAAGUUGUAAAUAUAGUUCAUUCAUAUACAAGAAUACAGUGACGCCCCGUUAUUCAAGAUGGGGGACCAAGAAGAAAUAUGCGAGUAAUUGACACGCCAGUAGUUGCUUACAGACCAAGAUGGCAUCAAAGCACUACUUUUGUCUAAAUUAAGGUCCUCAACUCCCAUCAACAUAGUUCCACGGCACCAACGCUGUCAGAAGGUGAUGGCAAAGCAUCACCCAUCCAUUUUUCUUCACUGCUUCUCGCUAGGGUCGCGGGCGUGCCGGAGCCUAUCCCGGCUAUCUUCGGCCGUGAGGCGGGGUACACCCGGAACAGGUCGCCGGCCAAUCGCAGGGCAAAGCAUUACUUGUCUAAAUUAAGCGCCUCCAUUCAGGUCAACAAACUUCCCCAAGAUACCACAAGAUGGUGGUAAAACACUACUUUUGUCCAAAUGAAGCCCCUUCAAUCACUUCAACCUAGUUCCUUGCCACCAAGAUGCCAAAAGAUAGCAUCAAAGCACAACUUUUGUCCAAAUGAAGCUCUCAACUCACUUCAACAUAGUUCCUUGGGACCAAGUUGCCAUAAGAUGGAAUCAAAGCAAUAGUUUUGUCAAAAUGAAGCUCCUUAAUUCACUUCAACGUGCAGUAGCCAUAAAAAAGCAUUGGCUCCCUUCUCAAAUUGUUAUUUCUGCACAGUUUCCUCGCUUGAAUGUUUAAGAUCAUCGAACAAAAGUAAAUAGCGCAUAUAUGACCUAAGUGGGAAAAAAAAAAUACAAAAAUAUUCCAUAUUGUUUACCCUUCCCCAAUGCUUUAUUAUAAUAUACAACACUUUCUGAACACAAUGAAAAUGUGUAGCCUGCUUACAAAUGCAUUUGAACGCGCAAAAAAUAAAUGACAGGCCUAAAAUGUAGAGAAAAUACAUGUUGCGGCAUCUGUGUACAUGCAUGUGCCUUUAAAGAGGCGGUGCCCUGUGACAAUGAGUCCGCGUGCGAAUGUCAAGGCGCGAGUUGUGGCCGACAGCAGCUUCUUAGUUAAGUGUGCUCAUUGUGGUCUCCCGUCCGCCCAGCGUUUAAGAAAUGGCUAAAAAAGUGUUUCAGCAACUGUGGCUCCCCAUUCCUAUAUGUGAGGGCAUCACAGUGAGUAUACUGUAUAUAAAAUAAAAUUAAAAAAAACUAUAUAGCACGGGAGCACUGUAUCCUCUGCUACAAUCACGUUACUCGACUGUUUUGUAUUUUAAUGGCCUAUUUCCCGCGCGUUUAUCACAGUUCUUCGCUUGCAUGACUUUGGAGCGCUUUUGCAUUUGGGCAAAUUGAAUGUUAAGUGUUUUAAUCCGUAUUCUUCAACGAGAUGGCGACUUUUCUGUGUCCGUUUUACUACUUUGAUCAUUUCAACCGCACUCACUUUCGCCCCCCUCAUGCUGUUGUCGGGGGGGGGGGGGGGGAGGGGGUUCCUAUUCUGUAAAUUCAAUGGAAUAAAAUACUGUCGUGACUGGU